UUUUUUUUUACUUGGAAUAUUUGAAUUUCUUGAUUUUAUUACUGGGUACUUCCCUUUUUGAUAGUUAAUUACUGGGUACUUAACCAUUCUGACAAAUAUGAACCCAAGAUUAUGGUUAAAUUUGAGGACUUUUGAGCUUAUGUUAGUUUUAUGGAAGAUAUAAUCAUACAAGGUUUGAUUUUUAUGGAUUGAAAUGCUUUUACCAGCUAAAAUUAUGACUGUGUUUGAUUGGGUGGCUAGGUCAAUAUGAUCUGUUUGUGGAUUCUCUUUCUAUAAAGGAGUUCUACUUUUUUGUUUUUUUUUUAAAAAAGAAAAACUUUCAUCAUCUCUUCUUUUUGCCUCAAAAAAAUUCAAUCUCUUUUUUUGUUAAGCUUAGUGCCCUUAUCUUUCUUAUUAAUUAAUUGAUUUAGGAUGUUUUGGAAGUUUAAGGACGGUGUGUGUGUAAUGGUCUGUGAUGUAGAUAGCCUAUUAGAGGUGAUUUAAUACUCAAAUUUAUUUGCAUUGUUACCCUAGGUUUUACUAUAAAUAGGAAUAACCAGGCUUUGUGUUUAUUAAGGUGGAGUGUGGUUAAGAAAAAUGGAUUCAUAUGGCGAUGAUUUUGGGGGAUCAGGUAGUGAGGAAAUUUUAGCACCUACACCUAUGACAAAUUUGGAGUUUGGAGCAACUCAUGUGGUCAAGCCGAAGGGAAAACACCAGGCUACUAUAGUUUGGUUGCAUGGAAUGGGUGACAAAGGCUUAAGCUGGUCUCAGCUCUUGGAGACUUUUCCUCUUCCAAAUAUUAAGUGGAUUUGCCCAACUGCUCCUACUCGUCCAGUUGCACUUCUUGGGGGAUUUCCUUGCACUUCUUGGUUUGAUGUUGAAGAUGUAUCAGAAAGUGGUUCAGAUGAUUUGGAGGGUUUAGAUGCUUCAGCAGGACACAUCGCCAACCUUUUAUCGAGUGAACCCUCUGGCAUUAAGCUUGGUAUUGGGGGUUUCAACAUAGGUGCUGCAAUCGCUCUGUAUUCUGUUGUAUGCCAAGUUUUGGGGCGAUAUAGGAAUGGCAAUCCUUAUCCCAUUAAUUUGAGCAUACUUGUAGGACUCAGUGGAUGGCUGCCAUGUUCAAGCUCAUUGAGAACAUGGAUGGAGGAAUCUCAAGAAGCACAGCAGCGUUCAGCAUCACCGCCGAUUUUACUUUGUCAUGGAAUAGCUGAUGAAGUGGUAGCACAUGAACAUGGAGAAAGAGCUAUGAAGACCCUUGCUUCAAUUGGAUUUGAGAAUGCUAGGUCAUUAUACCAUCCCGGAGGAAACUGAAGAAGUCUGCAAAUGGCUAACUACAAUGUUGGAGCUUGAAGGGAACCCGUCAGAUCCCUAAAAUCGUCGUAUCAUCGUUGCACGAAGGUAGAAGAAAGAAAGCAGCCAAAGCGAAGCACCUUAUCAAGAGCAAACUUAGCAAUAAGCUGAAAUGCUAAAUUAAAUAUGGUAAUAAGGAAAUUUUAUAAUUUACAGUAUACUAUAUAUAGCAAAAUAUGCCAUAAUCUUUGUAUCACCAAAUAGUAUCCACAGAAUAAUAUAUCUCGUGAUCUACUCUCCCUAGAGCUUAGAGUUCGUUCGAUAUCAUUGUCAGGUUUCUGUUUUUUUUGUUUGCUUUGUUUUUAAGACUUUAAAGUUAUAAUGUCAUAUGUUAUACGUUUUUUUUUU